GAUACGUUCUACAGACUAUUGUAUGGACAUUGUACAUGACAGCACUCCUUGUUUUCAUAUGUGAGCGUGGUGUCCAUCAACGUACGUGUGAUCCACUGUAUGCCGACCUAUUGAAUGCGACUAGUCGUACUAAAAGAACCAGUUACCAUCACUCGCUUUCCAAUCUUCUUCGGAAUAAACACGAACUUUUACUGGUACUUAUCCUUCGAACACCAUUCCAUCAGGAAUCUUCUCCAAGCAAUUGGCGCGCAUGGUUCUAACUCCCUUUACAUAAAAUCGAGACCGCAGAGCGCAACGACCAGGCAAGAGACCGAGAUGAUCAAUAAGGCCCAACGGGCCAUACACACAGCCACGGACUCCAUUGAGAAGCUGCGUCUGCUCUGCCUGGCUCGAGGUGCCAAUGGUAUCCUCGGCCUGGGUAGAGUUUUCCGUCGCAUGGAUGAUGACGGCAACAAGAAGCUAAACCUUGAGGAGUUCACGAAUGGUUUGGAGGAGACCGGUUUGGAAGUUUCGGAGGAGGAGGUGAAAGAGAUUUUUGACAAAUUCGACACAGACGGCGACGGGAAUAUCAGCGUGGACGAGUUCAUAGUUGCUAUACGGCCGCCGAUGUCGCAAAGCCGCAGGAACGUGGUUGAUCAAGCGUUCAAGAAGCUUGACAAAACUGGCGACGGUGUGAUCACUAUCGACGAUCUGAAAGGCGUUUAUAACGUGAAAUGUCAUCCUCGUUACAUAAGCGGAGAGGAGAGUGAGGAGAGCAUCCUGAACAAGUUCCUGGCCAAUUUCGAGCAAAACAAUACCAGAGACGGCACCGUCACCGAGGAGGAGUUCAUGAAUUAUUACGGCGCGAUCAGCGCAAGCAUCGACCAUGACGCGUACUUUGAUUUAAUGAUGCGAAAUGCUUACAAGCUUUGAACUUUGUACGCAGCUACAACCAACUCAGAAUUAUCGGCUUUAUCAAGGACGUUAAGCUUUCACGGUCAAUGCCGACAGCAAACCUAUACAGCUUGGUAAUCCGCGCAGCACAAUUGUGUUCAUUAUUUAUGAACUGAAAGGCGAACAUUCUCUCUCUUGCUCUCUCUCUCUCUCUCUCUUGCUCUCUCUCUCUCUCUCUCUCUCUCUCUCUCUCUCUCUCUCUCUUUUCUCAUACGUUAUGAGACCUCCCUUAUGUAAUAAUUAAUGAUUUAAACACGUUGAGUGCCACCUCGUUUUCUCGGUCGCAAUUGUUCGAUAACUAAGCUAUUCCAUAAUGAGGGCAACGAGCAAAUAAUCUUGCAAAAUCAGCUUCAUUGCUCCUCGUAGACGUUCGACAGCAGUUCCCAAUCGGUUCCACGAACAAUCUGCAAAUGAAAUUGGUCCAAAAUUCGUUGAAUUAUUAUACUAUUUACACAAUUAUAUGAAUCGUAUGUACGCAUAGUGUAUAAGGAACAGAAGUUGGUUACAGGAUUCAAUAUCGUGUAAACCCAACUCGUGUUUAUCUAUUCGAAGCGGCUUGUCCCAAAAGAAACGCGAUCGAUUUUAUAUGCUUUAUCAAGUUCAGAGUCACACUGUACACUAAAAGAACAAAAUGAUGGAAACAUCGAUGUACUGCUUAAAUACAACUGCUAAACUAAAAAAAAUAUAUAUAAGUGCUAAAUACAAUUUAUUGUCACUCUGAUAUUGUAACAUAAAAGAUUCCAAUAAACGUUUAUGUUCACAACCGUA